AUGUCAUCUCUUCGCAAUGCCGUCAAGCGCGUGGAGCACAAAGAGCGGGCUCAGCCAGCCUCGCGGAGAAAACUCGGGUUGCUGGAGAAACACAAGGACUAUGUCCUCCGAGCUCGCAACUAUGGCAAGAAGCGGGAUCGCAUGCAGGCCCUCAAGCUCAAGGCGGCCAUGAAGAACCCCGACGAGUUCUACUUCGCGAUGCACCGAAAGAAGACCGAGGGGGGCGUUCACGUGCUCGACGGCGCCGAGACUCUGCCGCACGACGUUGUUCAGCUGCUCAAGACACAGGACCUGGGGUACGUGUCGACGCACCGAUCGGCCGACGAACGAAAAGCGGCAAAGCUCCGGGAGUCCCUGCACAUGCUUGAGGCGGGGCCCCGCAACAAGCACACCAUAUUCUUUGACUCGGAGAAGGAGGCAAAAGAGUUUGACGUUGCGAAGCACUUCGACACGGUGCCGGAGCUGGCGGACAGGGCGUUCAACCGGCCUCGAAAGGAUACGCUCGAGAAGGCACAGGUUACCGGAGCGACGAACAGGAGACAGCUCAAGAAAGUGCUGAAGAAGCGAGACGCGUCGUACAGCGAGCUCAUGCAGCGGUUGGAAAGGGCGGAGAAAAUGAAAAAGGCAGAGGUGCACCUCGAGGCGCAGCGCAAGGUGAUGAACUCGAAGGGCACGAAACGGAAGGUGCAGGAGGCCAAGGACGGCAGACCCGCGGUGUACCGGUGGAAGAAAGAACGAUCAAGAUAA